CCAGACCAAAUGAAAGACCCUGUUUCAAAAAAACAAGAUGGGGCUGGUGAGACAGCUGGAUGGGUAAAGGCACCUGCCACAAAGCCUGACGACCAGUGUCUGACUUGGGGACCCACAUGGUGGAAGGAGAGAACCAGCUCCUGCGAGUUGCCCUCUGACCUCCACAUGCAUGCUCACAUACGUGUAUGGAUAGAGGUACACAGAAUAAAUGUUUAAAACAUGGAAGAAGAAAAGCAUGUGGCUUACCCUUGUAAUGCCUGCACAGUGGAGGCAGAGACUGGCGGAUGGAGAAUUCAAGGUCCCUUUGCACUUGGGUUACAUAUUGAGACUUUGUCCCAGAAACCAAUAAAUUGUUGGGUUUUAGAAGGGGAAGGGAUGCUGGAGCUACUGUCAGUGAGAUCCCCUGCCAGGAACACCUCAACGAAGUGACGAAUUGCCAGGGCAGAGGCCGGUCUAAGUAGAAGGUACUGCCUAAGCGGUGGAAGAGAAGAGAUCAUGGAGAUGAUGAAGUGAUAGGCCAGGCCACACAGAGGGCCACUGUAGGACAAGGGGCAGACUUGGUAGGGAGACAAAGGGGCAUGACUGCUUUGACUGUGUCCCAGCCAGGGGACAGGGCUGGAAUGUGGUGUGAUCUGUAGCUGGUUUCCUCAAGGGAACUAGAAUGCAGGGCCUUACCAGCUGCUGUACCCGCUUCUUCCACAGAAGCCUCUCCAUCCUUGCACACCUCCACAGUCCCCUCUCUUCAUCCCCCACAUUCCUGCCCUUCUCACCUAUUUCCUUUCCCACCUACCCCCAACACACCCCCUUUGUCACCUCUAGCCCUGCAGCCUCCUUACCCAGCAGCAGGACCACAUGACAGUGGCAAAAAUAGCUCCAUCUGACAGAGUGUGAAUGGAGGGGCAGAGGCAGUAGACAAGGCUGGGCUGCUAGCUCUAGAGAAGGGCCCUUGGGCAGUGUGGGCACCUGACCCCCACCCCUGCUCAGUCACACACUUGCUCGGAUGGGUCACUUUAGUCUCGGGUUCUGUUGCCCUAAGCAUACACCAGAGCCAGCAGCAGCAGAGCAGACACGGCUGUCAGAGGUAAGGCCCCAGAGGGCUGACCCCAGCCUUGACCUCCAGUAGAGCUCCCAGUCCUUCCCUUUCAGUCCCCCCGAGCAACCUUGCUGAUGUCUCUUUAUUCCAGCUUGGUGGCUAGGUGUGUGCCCAGUGUCUCCGGUAGGUGAGAGCUUCUCCGAGUCUCUAUGUCUGAGCCACCAUGGCAUGUGCAGGGCCAGCUGGUGGGCGGCAGCGGGUGAGCAUGCAGGAACACAUGGCUAUUGACGUGAGCCCCGGCCCCAUACAGCCCAUCCGCCUCAUUUCUGACUACUUCCCACACUUCUACCCCUUCCUGGAGCCGGUGCUGCGUGCACCAGGCUCACAGGCUAUGCUGGCCCCGGCCAUCCACUCUGCAUCCCACCAGCAGCCCAACCCAGAGCCAGAAGACUCGGAUGACAGCACUGCCCUGGGUACCCUGGAGUUCACACUUCUCUUUGAUGCGGACAACAGCACCCUGCACUGCACAGCUCAUCGUGCCAAGGUGAGGAUGGAGGCAGAGUUUCUGGGAUGGGACAAGCCACAGGCCUCUACAUUCAUUUUCUGUUUCCAGGGCCUCAAGCCACCAGCCUCGGGCUCUGUGGACACCUAUGUCAAAGCCAACUUGCUGCCGGGGGCCAUCAAGGCCAGCCAGCUUCGGACACGUACUGUUCGAGGAACCAGGGGACCUGUCUGGGAGGAGACGCUCACCUAUCAUGGCUUUACUUACCAGGAUGCUGGACGGAAGACCCUGAGGUUAUGUGUGUGUGAAGACUCACGACUGCGGCGGCGACGUGCACCCCCCUUAGGGGAGCUACGAGUGCCCCUGAGGAAGCUAGUGCCAAACGAAGCCAGGAGCUUUGACAUUUGUCUGGAGAAGCGGAGGCUGACCAAGAGGCCCAAGAGUCUGGACACAGCCCGUGGGAUGUCUCUGUAUGAAGAGGAGGAGAUGGAGGCAGAAGUGUCUGGGGAGGAACGUGGGCGCAUCCUCCUGUCCCUAUGCUACAGCUCCCAGCGUGGUGGCCUGCUGGUGGGUGUGCUGCGCUGUGCCCACCUGGCCCCCAUGGAUGCCAAUGGCUACUCGGACCCCUUUGUCCGCCUUUUCUUGCAUCCAGGUUCUGGGAAGAGAUCCAAAUACAAGACCAGUGUUCGGAGAAAGACCCUGAACCCUGAGUUCAAUGAGGAAUUCUUUUACGCAGGUCAUAGGGAGGAGUUGGCUCAGAAGGCACUGCUGGUGUCAGUGUGGGACUACGACCUGGGCACAGCUGAUGACUUCAUCGGUGGGGUACAACUGAGUAACAGAGCCAGUGGGGAACGCCUUCGCCACUGGCGUGAGUGCCUGAGCCGCAGUGACCGCCGGCUGGAACUGUGGCACCUGCUGGACAGUGUGCCCCCGCAACUUGGCGACUAGCCAGCACAGAACCCUGCUUGCAGCCUCUUCAGGGGCCAAGAUGUUGCUGCAGCUGGAAAGAGCUGUAGGUUGGCCCUACCUGCUGUGCCCAUUCCUGUCUCCUUCAGUCACCCUACCUCCAAACACAACGCAAAAUAAACAUCCGCUUCUGCCA